CAGCAGCUCAGGCGCGGGGACACGUGGCUCUGGGUUGCAGCCAGGCCCUGGUGCUGCGGGGUGGAAGGAAGGGGCUGCAGGUGCCUUAUAGGCUGGGGGCAGGCAGAAGAGAUACCGGGCAGAAGGAAGCAGUGAGCCGAGGUGGUCGGGAAAAGGCACGACUAGCUUUGUGCAGUGACUGCACAAGAGCUGCAGUUAGCAGCUCCUUUUUCAUGCUCUCCUAUGAACCUGUUCGCUCUUGCUGUGUGUGCCCUGCUGUCUGUUGCUCGUGGCGAGGAGGGGGCCAGGCUGCUUGCCUCUAAAUCUCUGCUAAACAGAUAUGCAGUGGAGGGCAAGGACCUGACUUUGCAGUACAACAUCUACAAUGUUGGAUCCAGUGCGGCUUUGGAUGUGGAGCUGUCGGAUGAUUCUUUCCCCCCAGAAGAUUUUGGCAUUGUCUCUGGAAUGCUCAACGUCAAGUGGGACAGGAUCGCACCAGCCAGCAACGUAUCUCACACAGUGGUCCUGAGGCCCCUCAAAGCUGGCUACUUCAACUUCACCUCGGCUACCAUUACCUACCUGGCACAAGAGGGAGGGCAGGUUGUGGUUGGCUUCACCAGUGCCCCUGGACAGGGUGGAAUCCUGGCUCAGAGAGAGUUUGACAGGAGGUUUUCCCCUCAUUUUCUCGACUGGGCAGCUUUUGGUGUGAUGACCCUUCCCUCCAUCGGAAUCCCCCUGCUGCUGUGGUACUCAAGCAAGAGAAAAUACGAUACCCCCAAGACCAAGAAGAACUGAGCAAAGCCAAGUGUAGCCAGCACCCCAGAACUCAGGAACCCCACUUAGAAUUACAGCGUACUCAGAGAAUCAGCAAUCAGCCCUCCAGAUCAGUGACUGGACUGGCAAGGGAGGGGUUUGUAUCAUUCCUGUUGCCAGGGAUAGGUCGCUUUCUUGGGUUUCUUUAAACCCUUUCUUAACAGUUUGGGAUCAAAGACCUCUCCGGUUCUGUUGUAAUGAAGUUACAGAUGCAGCUGCAGUCGCAGCAUGCUAAUGCCACCCAAGAAGUAUGUGUGUGGGAGCUUUUCUGUAGCAUUUGCAGGAUCGCCACUGCCUGCUGAAUGCCAGUCGCACGUGGCCAGACAUCUUCAUGGCACAAUCCCCCCGAUCUUGGGUCAACCCGUCUCCCGUGCUCCCCAGCAUAUUGUGCUUAGAACGGUCACAAAGGGUUCAUGGAGUGAGGAUAUUGGAGAUCUCCUUUCUAGGCACGUUGAUUAACUCCAUUCCCUCUCAGCCAAGCGGUGGCAUAUAAACCCCCUAGAAAAAUGCCUGCCCCAUAAGGAAUGUUGGCGGCAGUGUUGUAUUUCAGUGAGCAGUUGACUGGUGUUUCUGUUUUUCUGGUUACUCUGUUGAGAGAUGUGUGACUGGACGUACCAAGGGUUUUAUAAUAAAAUGAACACACACAGUGA